GUGUGUUACUGCCGCUAAGCUGCGGUCGAAUUAAUUAUUGAGCCGUCGUGAUCGAUCGUGCGUAGCGUUCGCUGCAGCAUCUGGGCCGCGUAGAACAACCUUUACCGACCGCUGCUCCACGUCGCGGAUCGACGCGAUCCCACGUUGCAGCAGACAAGAGAUCGAACCACAGCUAAAAAAGGCAUGGCACCUCGCAAGCUCACCCCACCCGUAUUGGGGGCCGACGCGUCGCAAAAAGCCGUCGCCGCGCUGCGCAAGCACCUCUCGGCCCAAUUGUCUCCAGUUUUAUGCGUCGAGGACGCGGCGCUCGCCGCGCGCUGCCGCGCGAUGGCAUCACGAGAGUCGGCACUGCACGCGUCGCAACCGGACGCGCGCCAGGAGGCCUUCCCGCUCGACGGUCCUGACUGGUCGCAACUGCGCGAGGACCUCACGGCGCUGGCGGAGAGGACGCUGCGGCGGCUCGCGCCCGACGUGCCUCGGUUGCCGCUCGACGCGAGAUUGUGCCUGCGGCGGUACCCGCCCGGGCACACGGGCCAGCGGCUGGGCGCUCAUGUGGAUGAUACGCUGUGUACGUUACUUUGGGCGUCGACGCCGGGGCUCGAAAUUCUAGCUCCGCAGGAUGAUGCCGCGUGGAAUGGUGCUGACGUGGCCAAGGUGGGUCUGCCCACGAUGGGCCCGCCGCCGAAGGUCGUCCAAGAAGACGACUGGGCCACGGUGACGCCGCCUUCUGCCGAUUGCUUCCUGUUUACGCCUGGGAAUGGGUGGAGCGGUAUCGUGACGUCGGUGCCCUUGCGCUCGCCCACGUUGCAUCGCGUGGCCGUCGGCGGCGACGUCGAGCGCCUGUCGCUGCCUUUGCUGGUGAGCGUGCGCGGCGACUACGGGUCGGCGUUGAAUUCGGUGGGCGAGGCGCUGCGGCAAAUAUCGCUGGACGGUGCUGCGAAGGCGGCCGAGGACCGCCUGUCGCCGCUCACGGAAGUCCUCGGCGUCGAGCUGCUGCAGCACCUCGACGCCGAGUCGCUGUGCCGGCUCAACAUGUGCGCGCGGUUCUUCGGCGAGGAGCACGCGACGACGCGGCGGUCCCGCUGCGAGGACGCGGCGCGGGAGCGGGCGCUCGAUUUGAUGCAGGGACACGUGACGGGCCUGUGCGUCUUGGAGGGCGUGAGCUCCGUCAGACAGCUCGGGCAGCAGGUGUUUCGUGCGUUCCUCGUUGCAUUCUAUAAAAGCCUCGCGAGGGAGCAGUGUCGAACAUUUCCGUACCUGCCGGACGGCCGACGAAUACCCAAGGGUCGCUGGCCGAAGUGGCGCCAAGACUUCCAGGGCUGGUUUCACACCCUGGACGCCUUCGAGGCGGGUCCGGUGGCCGCGUAUGCCGCCGCGGAAGCUUUGCGCGGGCUGGCUAUGGCCGUCACCGGCGGCAGCCCUCCACAGGCUGUGCUCGACGCCGCUCGCGAGGCCGCGGAUAGAGCUCUCCUCGCGAGGCCGGGCGAACUUCGAGUCUGGGUAGACACACGGCGGGACCUUCCGCAUGAUGACGGGCGCAUCGCGGCGCUCGUGGCGGGCCAGGGCGGGAGGUGGGAGCGGAAUUACGACUCGGAUGAUUACUCGGAUGAUUCGUACGACACAAUGUUUUUCGGGACCGCGACCUUCCCGAGUCUGCGGCACGCCGUCGAAGUGAAGGACGCGCUCCGCGCGGACGAGGCCGUGGAAUGCCUGAGCGUGCAAUAUUUGGACUGGGAAAGACUGAAUUACCUCCUCAGCUAAGAAUGUUUGUGAACG